CCGUGUCAUUUCAGCCAGCGACAGCGAUUUCAGCUGUGCUAUUAUCUCCGGCAAUCAUAUGACUCCUCCGCACGUGACUUUAUUUACAGUAGACGUACACUCCCGCAAGCAUGUAUGGUACAGUUCCGCGUGACAUGAUAGUUCCGCGGAGACACGAGUCUGACGAGCGAUGCGGGCUAACUAUAGACGACGGGCUGUGGCUUUAUGAUGCCGUUGCUCGAUAAGUUGCUGCCUUCGAGGAAGAGCAGUCUACGCGAAAGUGUCGAAAGUUUAGUGGCCAGUGCGCGAACAGCUGAGAAUGAUAGGAAUUCUGUGUUACUUCUUGGAGCAGAUCAAGUGCGGAUUUUGUUAUUUAGAGAGUGCGAAUGGCGUGGUAGAAAACUUCUCUUCGAUUCAAUGACAGUGCAGAAGCAUCGAAGUAAAAGCGAAACCGUGUGCACAGCGGUAAACAACAAUGUGGAGGGAAAGUGCGAGAUGCCUUUUAAUAUAGGAACCGCUCACAAUUUCGAGCGAGAUAAGAUGAUCGAAGAUGAUGUGAAUUUACUAAGCGAAAUGGUAUUUGGUACUGUGGCGAUGACGUACAGAGGAAAAUCAUUUAAGGUUCAUUCAAUGAAUUCUCCGCCAUGUAUCAUGUGUACAAAAAUUUUUCCGGCGACAGAACAUAGCACGUGCAAAACAAGUGAAAGAAUUUCGGACGAAGGAUUAGGACGAUCUAUGCAUGUAGAUUCUGCUUCCAGCAAUAGUAGUAUGCGAUCUUUUUACUCUCGACCGAGUUCCGGCAACUCUUCGGGUAAUGAAUUGCACGCGGGUCCGAGGAAGAAUUCGACCUGCUCGAGUAUCGGUAGCGGUUGGGAUUUAGAUGUAACACCGCGGACAAAUAGUUCGCAAUCGUUGGAGAGCAACAGCUCGUCCGGCAUCGGCAGUUUAACUAGCUUGCGCAGAAGAUGGUUGAGAGCGGUCUCGACUUCCCUCGGACGAUCUGAUUCCGACGAUGCUUUUGGGAUGCAGCACUGGAACGAAAAUGGAAAUGACGGGCGUGACGGACACGCGAAACGUCACAAGACCAGGCUAGGUUUAACGAUGUUGGUGCGAUUGGCUCAGGGCCACGAAAGCCAAAUAAAGGUACGCCUUUUGGAACACAUGGCUCUCUUAGAAGGAAUGCUGGAUCGUUUAAGAUACUUUUGCAUUGAGACCAACAAAAUCAACGGAUCGAUACAGCUGGCUGACAGAAUUUACAGAGCAACGUCUCGAUUUGUCAUUUCACUGCUGCACAUACUUCUCAACGUCAGUGUUGACACUAGUAUCCGUACACCUCUGUUGUGGCAUGACGUUUUACUUAACUCUGUGACAGUAUAUGAUAAUCCGAAUACUUUACAUCGCAAUUUGCAGCAGAUGUGUCAGUUAUUUGAUGAACUCGAUACAAAGUCGACAAAUUUCUUCCUGAGCACCGUAGUAACUGCUGUAUUAACAUAUCAUCUCGGUUGGAUAUAUACCGUACUAUCUCCGCGUGAUAGGCAAAUGAUCGAGAAACUGGGCAGCUGGUAUUCUUGCAAUCCGCUUUGGGCACAACUUGGCGAUCUGUAUGGCGCGUUAGGCAACCCCGUGAAAGUGGCACAUACCGUCGUUGCGGGCGAUCCUCGGAAGAGCGACCUGAUUAAUUCAGUCUUGUCGUUUCUGUCUUACUUCAUCCGCAGCGGGAUGAUACAAAAAUGCCAAGAAUACCGCUGUUCGUCGCAGGAAGACGUGCAAACGGCGACGAAUCUAUUGGAGCAGGCUUAUAGCAAGCGACCGCACCUGUUCGCUAACAGGAAGUCGACGUGCACCUUCAACGAUCGAGAUGCCCUGAUUCGCAGAUGCGAGUCGCGCGUUUUGCCAUCGCGUAAACCGAUACGAUCGUCCGAACGUACCAACGGUGUUACCGACGAUGUUAACACACCCCGGUGCAUUGUGCAGCAUCCCAUGGAACGAUCGAGGAUUUCGCGAUCCAUCAGUCCCUUGAAGCGUAGCAGCACUAUGAAAUCCGGCCUUGACACGCUCGUGACGAAAUCAACCGAGGCAUCGGUAGACUUCAAGCUUCCAACGAAGGAAUUUUUGCCAGGUAGAAAUGACGAGAAACACGAGCAGGACGCUCAACCGGCUAAGGAUAACGAAAGAAAUUAUGCAUCGAGCAAGGUGAAAAUAAUUGUUAACGAGAUCGAAUCUCAGGAAGAUAUUAUGCCGAAAGAAUAUCAGCCGCAAAAUUACCUUGACUAUCCGUCGUUGAGCUUCGAAAAGAAAUUGGAUAACGCUGAAGAAAAUCUCGCGGCCGGAAAGGCUGAACUGCAGCAUCCGUUGGAUAACAGUGUGGAUCCACUAAAAAUGUUUUAUAACAGACCCGAAUUACCGCUUAACAUGGAUCGCGGAUUUGUCGACGAGUUUAAAGAAUCGCAGGUUUUCUUCACUCUCGGAGGAGAAGAUAAAUCUUCGAAAUUGCCGUCGAGAGCGAGGCUGGUUAACAACUGUCAGUGCUCUUACACUUUCACAAAAGGGGUACCGAGCACAUCGGCGCAACUUCCGGAAGGUGUACUCAGAAAGAUCAUUCAACGAAACUUUCCCGAGUCAUCGAAGAGCAUACAACCUCCACCGGGAGCAACGUCCGAAAUGAGCGCAAGAUCCAUUGGCUUCUGUUUAAAGUGCAAUGGUCAAGGAUACGCUGCCUCGCAAGAUUACGAUGGUAGCAAACAAGUGUUGGAAACACCGACCAACGCGACGGAAGUAUUGCGCACGUGCGGAAGUUCCGAAAGUGGUAGAAGCAUAAGAUUAUCGCGGUCAAACAGUCUUGAGGCUCUAAUGGAAGCCAAUAGCGUCGUCGAGCUACCGAUGCCACAGUCGAGGAAGAUUUCAACGAGUAAAGGUUUACUCAGAGAAAUGGAUUUUACGAAGACUCUUGUGCGAAAUAGAGUGACGAAUGACGAGAGUAACAUCCUGGACACGGGCUACACGUGGGGCUUAGUGUUACAAGGCGUAACUAAGAGGAAGAAGAGGAGAAAAAGAAAGAAAAUUUCGGAAUACGAGAAGGACAACGCCGAGGUUGAACCGGAGGAGAAGUGGUGGUUGCAUAUACGAGAAGAAGUCAUGGUCAACGCUCAAUUCCCCACGAUCGAUCAACCAGUCGCGGAGGCUCUCUGUGUGCUGGCUGAUCUGGACACGUGGCAUGUCGGGGUCUUGUCAAACAACACGCCCUGGCAAAGUCCGCCCUUGACGGUCGGAAUGUCGCGUCUGGUGUCAAACAUGCUGGAAUCCUUUGCCUAUGUAUGGCGAAAUUAUCGCUCUCCUACUCAUUGUAUAGCAAUUCUGGAGGCUAAACUGAGGGAAUUAUGGUUGAGAAGCGAAGCAUUAGCAGAAAUGAUGAUGUCCGUGGAAGUGUCCGACGCCAAUGUAAACAAUUUAACCAAUGCUCUUGAUCUCGAUGCAGCCGACAUACCGCUUCUACUUGCGGUCGCGAGCACUCAUUCUCCGGAAAUAGCGCAACGAUUUGGUUUUACGCUAACUUAAAUCCGUUCAAUUGUUUAUACUGAUGUUCUGCUUACGUGAUUUUAUAGAUAGGUAUUUCUUAAAUAUAGCGUAUCAAUAUGCGCUCUGAUAUUUUUUGACCAAAAAAACUAACUUUAUAUUUUUUGUCGAAUACGCAAUAAUACACAAUAAUAACGUAUUCUUACGAUUAAAUGCAUAGUAAUAUGUAAUAUAUUUAAUUUUUAAUUUUAAAUUAUAAAUUACGUUAAAAAAUAUUAAAGUUUAUUCGUGGCCUAACUAUUAUUUGUUUCAGCGUCUUAUUGCGAAUUACAUAACUAUCGUCUAAUGAAAUUGACGACUGACUCUGACUAUGGAAUCUGUACUGUCCGUAUAUGGUUUUUUUUUUUUACACGAUUCAUGCGAACUUAUAGUUGUACACUUAAUUAAUAAAAUCUAAAUGAACUUUUUUA